GCUUGAUUUUAGGGACUUAUCAUUCCCACUUGAUUCCCUUCUACUAACAAUAAAGGCUCAUUACCAGUGACUGAACCAUCAAGAAACUGACAUCAGUUCACUGCAUGAUGUCAACAAAGAUCUGCCGAAGCCGAGCAACCAACCAAAAGGCAAAAGGGUAUCAUUUAUUUUGGGUAUCAUUUAUUUAGUUUUCUGGAUCCAAUAUUAUUUUCUUUGAGAAAUCUAUUGCAGUUGUUUUUCUAAAUUUUGGUUGUGGAUAAAAGAUAGACCAUGGCGGAUCUGAAGACAAGGAGUUUCCUGCUUCUCUGCCUUUUGAUUUUUUCUCUUAGCAGCCGCGUGGGAGCGUUUUCGGUGGGAUCCUCCAGAAUCGGAACAUCCAAAACCACGGGAUCAUCAUUGUUGUUUUUAUCGGACCGUCGAGAAGACGACUACGAUGCUUGGUUGGAAAAAUUAGAUCCCAGUGACUUUGAAGAUGACUCUCCUCCACAACAGCAGCAACAAGAGCAGCAAGGAGGAGGCGAUUUUGGGAAAUGGAGAGGACAACCCCGCGGUGGUGGUGGUGGUGGAUUUCCGAGUCACGACUACGAGCGGGACUGGGAUGCCGAUCAAUCCAACGUGGACGAAGCCCAAGUCGACCGUUUGAUUGCGCAACGAUUGCAAGCUCGAAAACGGGGAAACUACGAUCAAGCCGAUGCCAUUCGUGAUGAACUUAUGGACGAUCAUGGAGUCUCGGUAUGGGAUAAGGAUCGUCUCUGGCGAAGUGGCUGUAGCUCCAGUGGCUCGGGUCGUAAGUGGGGCGGCGGCCGAAACGAUAAUGAUAAUAACGGUGGGUACAAUAACGAUCGACGAGGAGGACGCGAGCGAUACGGAGGACGUAAUGAUCGUGAUCCAAGACGCGGACGUGGCGGCGGUGGACGAGGAGGAAGACCCGAACGCAAUUUUGGACCCAAUGGACACGAUUACUCGUAUUCUCCAGAUGCCGGCCCGGUCGAUUCACCCUUGCCCGAACCCAGUAUCCACGACCUCAUCAGUCGACGUUUGCAAUGCAAGCUCAAUCGAAACUUUAGAGAAGCCGAUGACCUCCAAGAUGAAUUAGCUAGUCAAGGGGUAUUUGUGCAUGAUGGAAUCAAGGAAUGGCGUGCGGAUGGUCAACCAUUCCCCAGUGGUGAAAGGCAGCGAGGUUUCGACGGGAGAGGUGCCAAUACUCCUUACGAAUUGUCGCCAUACACACUGCCACUCAUUGAACCGGCAGCGGCUGCAGAAAUGGGCACUGAAGCUGCACAAUUGGCUGAAGAUUCACUCAGGACACAAAUCCAGCAACUCAUUGAUGAUCGAUUGGCUGCCAAACAGGACAGAGUUUUCAAUAUCGCCGACGCUAUUCGAGACGACUUGCAAAGGGACUACAAUGUCUUUAUUGAUGAUCGCAAGCGUCAAUGGUCUGUUGGUGGCAAUUUUAAAGCACCUCCGCAGCCAUACUCCAUGUCACCCUAUUCCUUGCCACUCGCCUCCAUCAUUGGGGACGCGGCCGAUGAUAAGGCUCUCACCGAGUUGCAACAAAAAAUACAAAGCAUGGUAGAUGAAAGAUUGGAAGCAAAGCUCAGGCGAGACUUUACUACUGCAGACGGAAUUAGAGAUGAGCUAUCAGCAGACUACAACGUCGCCAUUGAUGACAGAGAAAACAUGUGGAGCAUUGGAAAUGACUUCAAACCACCACCGGAACCCUACAAGCAGUCUCCGUUUUCACCACCACCGGUUGGCAUUGAUGCAGAACGUGUCACCGAAAUGGUCAUUGAGCGCGAUGAGGCGCGUUCACAGCGAAAAUUUGGCGCAGCCGAUAACAUCAAAAUGGAGCUGGAAGAGGAUUUUGAUAUUAUCAUUAAUGACAGGCUCAAACAAUGGUCCGUCGGAGGAAACUUUGGACCGCCAGGAACAGACAAUGAUAGCGGCAACAUGGCGUCCUCCGGAUCCUGUGCAUAUACGCAGCGUGGUGGUGGAUCACUCACACCCGAAGAUCUCGCGACUGUGACUCAACUCAUCAAUGAGCGGGCCGAUUUUCAAAUGGCAAAGCAAUAUGGAAAGGCAGACCGGAUCCGGGAACAAUUAAGAGAUACAUUCAAUGUGCGUGUGGAUGAUCGAAAUCGAGAGUGGCAUGUCGUUACCAAUGCCAUUGCGUACGUGCCAUCACCCCAUUCCUUGGAUGAAGAUGCCAUCAAGUACAUUCAAGAACAAGUCAAUCAGCGUGAAGUUGCCAGGCUCCAGAAAGACUAUGACUUGGCUGAUGACAUUAGAGAUGCAUUGAUGGAUCAGUUCGCAGUAUCCGUGGAUGACAGGCUGAACGAAUGGACUGUGAUUGUGGAUCCAAGCAACCGCGUUGCCGCACAAACGAGCCCCAAUGAAACUGCGGAGUCAGUGGAGUCAUGGAACGAGGAAGAUGUCGACGACCUAGAAGAUGAGAUUUUGGGGGCAGUCGAAGCUGACAAUCGUGCUGUCGAGUUGGGCGACGAUGAGGACGAAGAAGGUGAAUAUGAAUACGAAGAGGAGGAAGAGGAAGAAUAUGAAGACGAGGAGGAGGUUGAGGAGGAAGAAGAAGGAGAAGAAGAAGCAAAUGUCCCGCUUGAAUCUCUCACCGUAGUGCAGCUCAAGGCGAUGCUUCGUGAGAGGGGUUUGCCCGUUAGCGGGAGAAAAGGAGACCUCAUUGACAGGCUUCAAUAAACAGGCGCCAGACUUCUUGACAACCUCUUGCAUACCGGUACACAUACGCUGGCUAGGCAAAGAACUUAGCUUGCCCCAAGUCGCAGCGAUGCAGAUACUUCCAUGGUUAGCCUAAAGAAGGAAGAACCAUGUGCCCGUGCAGCCAAAUCACUUCGAGCGGAACCAGCACACCCAACCCACCCUUUCGUUCUUGUCCGGAGACGUAAAAACACGAGUUAGCGAAAGUAAGGUUGGCAGUAGUGAUGAGUGUCAAGGUUGAUAGAGCUGUAUCUGUUAGUUUGUUGUGCUCUUGAUGAUGCCGCGCAGCCAGCCAACACCACCCCCAGCUACCGGUAUACCGCAGCUAUAGAUUCUCGCUCGGCUCUGCUUCCUAGAUCCCUUCAUCUACGUUGUGCGUCACUUCCUUGAUGGCUUGGUGUCUGCUCGGUUCUUUUCCGGAGCGAGCAACGCGAAUGUCCAUGCUUUGCUUGCCGAGUAAGUGUCUGCAUCACGAGUUUGGUACUCUAGCUAGGGGUAGCGUACGGUACAAUGUAGGUCUGAGAGCAAUUACUUCCGGAAUUGGGCAUUGGUCGACAUCAACCUCGUUCUGACAUCAUGUUCUGGACUUGGCAGUAUCUCCAAGUGUGUUUCGUGGAUGGCGGCAGAAGCACCGCAGAUGGUGGUUGUCCAGACAAAAAUAAAGCCACUGCUAGCUAGACUUAUUUCACGUCAACAGCGAUUUUCGGUGGCCCACCACGUGCGAGAAACCGAAUCAUAAGAAUAGAUGGGACAAUAGGAAGCUGGUACGGAACCCGGGGGGGGG